AUGGAGUUUUCAUGGGCGGAUGAAGUGGAGAGGGAGGAAGAGGAAGCGAAGGUGAAGAGAAAGGCGAACCCUUUUGGUGAUGCGAGGCCGAGAGAGGUAGUUCUUGAAGAGAAAGGCGUGGAUUGGCGAAAGCUUGAUCUAGAAAGAGACCUCCAUUCAAUCCUCAGGAAGGAUGAGAAAUUAUCAAAAGUGAACGCGCACAUAAGAACGGCGUCAAUCAAUAAGCGAGAACAAUUUCCCUUGGCACAGAGAUGCGAAAUAAAGAAUACGAAACAUGUCUCACAUGCAAAUGCAAAGAGCUGUGUUCAACCGGGACCGCCAAACACAUUUGUUCCUCCAUUAAAAUACCCGCCGAAGAACAUUGCUACUUUAAUGCAACAAAUACGAAAGAUGGAUCACAACAGCAAGUCCAAUGAAUACAAGCCACGGAAUAGAUAUGCAUCAAAGUAUCCUAUUCCCGGGCAAAAUGCAAAAGAUGCAAAGAAAAUGGUUCUUGAAUGUAAAGACAUGGUAAGAGGACAAAGACGGGUAGUUCUUGUUGAUCUUAAUCAGCACAAUAAUACCGAAGCAAGGCGCGAUACUUUUGAUACUUUUGUUAUGGAUCACAGAAGGAAGAAUUUUAAAUGUGUAAGCCAUUCAACAAGUUCAGUUGCAGAUAAAAAUGGCAAAGAAUUCAUAGAAGACACAUGUGAUACUUUUGGUUCUGUGAUUCAUUCAACAACUUCACUUGCCGAUAAAGUAGUUAAAGAUUCUGAAACCAUGUGCAGCAAGAAGAGAGGAAUUCAUUCGGCAUCCUCCGUGUCGGUUCUUCGUAAAAGAAGGGAAGGAAAGCAUGCUAGAAGAAGGUAAAUGCUGAUACUAUGUAUGGAUUUGAACUUACAUAAAACAGUAACUGCAGUUAGAAAUGUGAAUUCUAGUUCUGCUGAAAUUAUGUAUGAUUUCUUUGAACAAUGUUUGGAUUGCAUUCAAUCUCAAACUUUGCUCAUAGAUGUGUUUUGAUUGGUGAUUA